AUGUCUGUCGAUGAUAAUCCCACCAAGAAACCCCGGGUCAUACUCGGCCUCCUGACCUUUGGUCCACCUGGAUCGGAAUUCUAUGGCUCGAGGAUUACAUCUCUAGACGAUUUCAACGCGUGCCUCGAUGACUACCAGGCGAAUGGAUACCGUGAAGUCGACACAGCGCGCCAGUACGUGAAAGGGCAACAGGAAGGCUUCACCAAAGCGGCCCAGUGGCGAGAGAGACAGCUGGUCCUCGCCACGAAAUGCUACCCCGAACAGCCCGGCUGGCAUAGGGAAGCCAAACUCAAGGAGAUCCUGGGGACGAGUCUAAGGAAUCUCGGAACGGACCAGGUGGACAUCUUCUAUCUCCACGCGCCCGAUCGAUCCGUCCCUUAUGAGGAAACGCUGCAGGCGUGUGAUGAUCUGUACCGAGCGGGGAAGUUCAAACAACUAGGGCUGAGCAAUUACGCUGCCUGGGAGGUCGCCGAGAUCUGGAACAUCGCCAAUCAGAAAGGUUUCGUCAAGCCCUCAGUGUACCAAGCCAUGUACAACGCCAUCACCCGGGCCAUCGAGGACGAGUUGGUACCGUGCUGCCGGAAAUAUGGCAUUGACAUCGUCGCCUACAACCCCCUGGCGGGCGGAGUCUUAAGUGGCAAGUACAAGAGCAAAACGGUGCCGGUCGAUGGCCGCUUUGCCCAGACGGAUCCGCGCAUCGGCGAGAUGUACCGUGAGCGGUAUUUCAAGGACACCAAUUUCGAGGCGUUGAGCUUGAUCGAGCCCGUGGCGGCCGCCCACCAUCUGUCCCUGCUGGAGAUCGCCUUCCGGUGGCUCGUGCACCACAGCAAGCUGAAAGUCAUCGACGACGGGCAUGACGGAAUCGUGAUUGGAGUUAGCUCGCGCGAUCAGCUCAGAUCGAAUUUGGCCGACCUCGAGAAAGGCCCUUUGCCAGAGGCUGUGUUGGAGGUGCUGGACCGCGCAUGGUUGAUCACCAAAGCCACCUGUCCGCUCUACUGGAGGUGA